CCGAAUGUGCCGAAGGAAGCAAAUCGAAACUCCUCAAUGAGUUCACCUUCAGAUAAAUAGUUUGCCCCCCUCUGCGUUUUCUCUGAAGACUUAUUUUAAUCGUUUGGUGUGUUGACAAGAUGAAUGGCUCUCUGCACUCCUCGUCCAACGUGGUGGAUAUAAAACUGAAGCGAGGACCGGCAGGCUUGGGCUUCAAUAUAGUUGGGGGCGUGGACCAGCAGUUUGUUGUGGAUGACAGUGGCAUAUAUGUGUCCAAAAUAAAAGAAGACGGAGCUGCAGCGUUGGAUGGGAGGCUCCAAGAGGGUGACAAGAUCCUGGCGAUCAAUGGAGUCAAGCUGGAGAAUCGGACACAUAAAGCUGCAGUGGAGCUGUUCAGGACAGCAGGGGAGGACGUGGAGCUCUGUGUUCUGAAAAAGUUGCCCUCUCACAUGAACGGACCCUCACCCUCACACUCAGAAUCUUCUGGAGCUUCUCUGGUAAUGCUGGGUGCUUUUGUGGGAGCCAUCGCCCUCAUGUCAUUUUUUUACAUACGGCACAGUAGGAAACCCUUUUAACCAAGCUGACGACGACUGUAUGUUAUUUUUAAGAUCAAACACUUUGCUAAAGGCCAAAGAAGUGAAAGAGGGAACAAACUCUAAACAGUAGAGCUUAUUUUAUUUUAUUAGUAAGUGUUGGUGUCACCGAUGAGUUUCUCCAUCUACAUGUUUAUUAUGGAAUUAAUGGUAGCUUCUUGACACCCUUCUUAUGCAAGAGGAUGCUCUCUUACCACAGAGAUGACUUCUAAUAGAUAACUUUGUGAUGGUAAGGAGAUAGAGGAGGAUGAACACAUGACAUUCCUGCUGCUGGGCUGAGCUGGGCUGAGCUCUGGCAGAAACAAACAGUAGUUUGCAGAAAAGUAUUAAAACCUUGGGUCAAGUCAGACUGACUCAAGCUUCAGGGUCCAUUCACAAACUGAAAUACGGUGUUGUGUUCAGUCACUCGUGGGCCUGUACCCCCCAUCACUGAAUGGCAGAUCUGUCGACGUGAGAGGAACCCAUUCCUGGGUUUUCAGUUUGUCGCUGUUCAAAGUUCACGGCACUGGGUUUGAUUUUCAUUUUGCUCUGUUGCACAGAAUCAUUGGAGGAGCAGCAUCCUGCUGUGCUGCUUAGAUUGAGCUGGGGGUUGAAAAAGCCUGCAGUUCAUCUGAUGAAUCGUGUCCUGUAAUGGACUUUUUGAGUGCCUUUUGCUGUAUAUUCCAAGUAGGUGGUUCAUGUUGCUCCUUAGUGUUGAUCAAAAUGAAAAUCAACCCACUACAUACCAUUAAAUUAAUGGAUACGGAUGGCAACUUUUUUUUUUCUUGUCAACAAAUCCCGUUAAUAGCUCCAAACGAAUAGCGAGUUAGUCAGUCUCUUAAUGCUUUCCAACUUCCUCAGCCACAAAACCACUUGUUCAAUUCACAGAUUUAUAGUUUAAUUUUCAAAAACAGCUCAGUAAUUCCCUAAAACAGCUGGGCACUGUAGCUUUUACCAAACGUUAUGGGGACUAUUUUUAACUGCGGAUUAAUACACAUUCAGUUAUAUAGAGAGUAUUUCUGGCAGCAGGGCAGUAUAUAUAUGAUUGAGUCAAAAUUAACUCUUGUGCCCAUGAUCAUCCUAUCAUGUCAUCCAGUGUGUCUCAUUUCAAAUAGCUAACAAUGGAGCUCUAUGGCACAGAGGAAGAAGAUAAAUCAGGAAAUGCUUGUUAGUAAAAGUAAUUCAUUGUCGGGAUUUGUUGACAGAAAGAAAAACGUAGAUUAUCACCAGACUUAUCCUUUUAAAGCAAAUAUAUAUUCUUGUUCAGAGUAUCACCAAUUAGUUUCUCUUUGAAGAGUUUAUUAUGAAGCAUCACAUGUUCACUCAGGGUGAACCAUUAAAUAUGUAUAUAAUGUGGUGAGCAGCCCUUUUCCUAAUGUCCAGUCACAGCUGAUGCUGCCAUGUUUGUGUCACAGCCAUUUUAAAACAUUCUCCUAAUUUUGCAUCGAGGCCAAUGCUUGCAGUCACAUCGCACCAACCGCUGAGUGAUUUUUCUUGUGGGAUGAAUAUGAAAAUUGGAGCAUGUUGUCAGAAAGGAAAGGAGUUGUUCUUUUGUGUGAAGGACCAACAGCUUGAUAGUGAAAAGCAGCUCGAGCCAGUUCCAUUUAAAGGAGUUUUCUAAAAGAUGAGUUGCUGUCAACGACUUUAAAUGUUUUUUGUUUCUUUUGCACUAGCCACAAUCAUGGAACUCCUCCAGUAACGGCCAUAGAGCAGAUGAAUUGUAUGAAUUUUGUGUACUGGGUGUAUUUGUCCACAUUUGUCAGUCUGCAGUGCAUCUAUCAUGUAAUUGUCUCUGACUGUAUGUGGCUCUUGUUGUCUGUAAAUACAUUUCAUGUCGCUCUGCUGAUUGGGACUGUGAAUAUGUGCAGUAUACCAGAGAAGUAGAUCAGAAGCACUACUAAAUUAUGCAAAUACUGUGUGUUUGACAUCUAAGCACCCAUUAAAAUUCAUGUUGAAUUCA